GGUAAGUUUUUAUUCAUUAUUUAAUUAAAAAAGUCAAAGAUUCUUUACAAAAAAGUGGGACCCUUUCUCCACUCAACUAAUAAAAAUACAUUUUUUCUUAAAACCCGUGUUUUUUUCCCUAGGCCUUUAAUUGGUGGACGGAUGGAGUACUAAGUAACUACUAAUAGCCGUGGUUGAACAUGGAGCCAAGACUUGCUUGAAAAUGUGACUACAAAUUUAGUAAAAAUAUAAAAAUAUGUGAGUCUCGCCUACCAAUUUUUAUUUUUAUUUUUUAGAUAAAGAAAUUAAAUGGCCGUAUCAUAGGAAAUUCGAAUCCAAAAUCUUUAAUCUUAGACAUUAACCCCUUACUGCUUAGCCAACACACGCACACCUCGCCUACCAAAUUUGAUGCAAAGGACCAAAGCCCAUCCCUUGAACACCCUCACCAGACACCAAUACUACACACACUCUCUCUCUCUUAAUCCGAAUUUCUCCAAGGGAAAAUCAAUGGAGCUCACUCCCAAGCAGCUGGAAGCCUACGAUGGCUCCGAUCCGUCGAAGCCCAUCUAUGUGGCCGUUCGCGGCAACAUCUACGACGUCACCACCGGCAAGUCCUUCUACGGCCCCGGCGGCGCCUACGCCGUCUUCGCCGGCAAGGACGCCAGCCGCGCCCUCGCCAAGAUGAGCAAGGACGAGAGCGACGUCGUUCCUAACCUCGACGGCCUCACCGAAAAGGAGAUCGGCGUUCUCGUUGACUGGGAGAAGAAGUUCCAGGACAAGUAUCGUGUCGUUGGCACCGUUACCAAUAAUUAGGGGUUUUUUCAUAUAUUGACCUAAUUUGAUGAUAUGGAUUGAUUGAUUGAUGUUUCGAUCAAUCGGUGUAUUUAUGGAACCGCAAGCUUUUCAUGUGUUGUUUGUUGUAUUUAUGUGGAUAUUUUGUUGAAUGAUAAAUAAAUUGCAGUGCUGAAUAUUGUUGUUUAA